AGAACAUAAAACCAUCGUGUGACAUUUACGCUUUGCCGACUACCAAACAUGGAUGUUGCACCGUCCAUGGUGCAGCGUUCCGGCGAUAAGCUGAUAGUGCGGCGGGUGGUGAGCGGCGAACGGGUGCACCUUAGCGAACCGAAGCCCACCGUCCAGUCGGACGACGGUGAGUCCACCGAUCGGCAGCUCGACGGUUGGCGCCGGUUUUCCACCGAUGCGUCCCCCGCGCUCACCAGCUACGACGAUCAGCUUACCGACGGCGAAGGAACGCAACCGGGGCCCUCGAGCGAAGCGGACGACCAGCACGAACCGCAGCUGCCGCAGUGCAAGAUCAAGCGCAACUAUUCGUGCAGCCGGUGUACUUACUUCACGCAGAACCCGCGCAAAUAUUUAACCCACCUGCGCGACACGCACGGUGAGAAGAUCGUGAUCAAUGAGUGCAAGCGAUGUCUGUACGCGUCCCGCCACUACCAGAAGCUGGUGCGGCACAUGAAGAUGGUGCACGGAUCGGUGGACGGUAUCCGGAAGUCGGCGUUCGGGUCGAGCCGGCGGCGCGUGCAGAAAGCUUACGGCCAGAUACACCACGGACCGGUGGUACCGGGCGGGUCGUCGAAACUAUCGCGUGCGGAAGCAACGCAGCUGACCACCGCGUACGUGCAGCAGUUGGUGGCGUCCGGGUUGCCGAAGUUGCUGGAGGAGAUUGAAAAAUCUGCCGCCGGAGCAUCGCUUGCAGCAGCGACCUAUUCCCGCGACAAUCAAAUGAUCAAGGUGGAGAUGGAUCAGUUAAAGCAAUCGAUGCCAUAUUCCGCUGAUGAGACCGUCCAAGAGGCUAGCGAGAGUCCCAGAGAUGAUGCGAUAGAGUCGUCGGAAGACGUGAUUCCACUGUCCAAGAAACGAUCCCGACCAAUACCCAAACUUAUCCCACUGAAUAUGUCCAUUUCCGGUGCGUCUGCAUCUACGCCCACGAAGUCGGCGACCCAAAAGUUUGUGAAACCGAUACCACUGUCCGCGCUGAGGGCGGACACCGGUGACAAUGAGCGGGCCGGCGACGAGUAUCCGCUUAGCUUAACGAAGCACCAACCUCAGCCAUCCAUGACGAGCGCACAGGAGCACACGGCGACCAAAUGUAUGUACUGCGAGCUGUCAUUUAAACCGGUGGAAGCGCUGGCCAACCACAUGAAGCUGGCGCACCGGGACGAUCUGAUAGCGUCCCUGUUGGCGAACACGUUCGAGGAGACACCCGCGGACACCGCCAAGCAGGUCCCGCGUCUGAGCGAGGCAGAACGUACGGCAAACGAGCUGUGGAAGCGACUGCUGGAGUGUAGUGCCGAAACCGUUCAUGCCAGUAAAAGUGCGGAUUACGGUAGUGGCGGCAGUAGGGAAGCGCGUCCCGGUUCCAUCUCCAACGACGAAACGGACGACGACAACCGGGAGGAACACCAGUCACAGACGUACUGCGGUGUGGAGACGGCACCGGGCUACGGUGAGGUAACGAACCGACUGCCAACAAUCGAUCCCGGCGGCGCUGGUGGUGCUGGUACUGGUGGUGGCGUCGGUGGACUGAUGAAGAAAGUCUUCAAAUGUCCGCACUGCUCGUUUUGGGCAUCAACGGCGUCCCGCUUUCACGUGCACAUCGUUGGCCACCUGAACAAAAAACCGUUCGAGUGUUCGCUGUGUGCGUAUCGGUCGAACUGGCGCUGGGACAUCACGAAGCACAUACGCCUGAAGACGAUACGGGACCCGAACCACAAAAAUGCGGGCGUACUGAUGAACGACGAGACGGGCCGAAGGAACUACACCAAGUACAACAAAUACAUCGCACUUAUGCAGAUCACGGACAAGUAGCGAAGGGGGGCUGAAGGCUGAAGAGGGGAGGAGGGAAUUGAGAUGGACAGCUAAAGCGAUUGAUGGAUGUUAAUAUAGGAUCUCUUGCGUUUGAAGCCAUGUACGACGUCCGGGACGUGUAAUCCUUUUAUCUCCGUCUGCUUCCGUGCGCGGCCAGUAGUCUUUGAAAUAGUGUCCCUGGCGCUGGUGAUACAUGAGGCUAGAGAAGAUGGGGAUGGAAGUCGUAACCAGCUUACUGCCCGGGAAGAUGGAAAAGACACACAACACCACUGCAGAACGGAUCGUCCUGCAAAACGGGAUCGCUUUACGAACUUCUGGCAGCCAGAAUAUGUCUCGUGGUACUCGCUUGUGGGAAGGACUUGAACCGAUCUGGGUGAAUGUUUUUUUUUUUUGGCUGGUAAUAUUAUUCCAAAUUUACAUUAUUGGAUGUAAAGCACUUCCUGUGCAACACAAGCGGUAAUAUAUUGCAUUCCCUCCAGUGUCAAGUUCAACAUCGUUCAACCGAAAAGUCUAAAGCUCUAUGCUGGCGUUCGGCGGCCGAGCCGGUUCCCAGACACGCAAUCAAUUCUGCGAAACAUUCUCAACUCGCUCGGAUGAACAUGACGACCUGUACUUCGGUCGAAACAUGUCCGUACUUUCCGGCGUCUGUACUUUGGGGAAAAUGCCGGGACCUUCCCGCCCUUGCUUUUGUGUGAACCGUGAAAUUUGAAUGUGAUGUUUGAGCGACUUUUACAGUGGACCUGCCCGUAUCCGCCCCUGUUUUCUUCCCAUCGCAACACCAUCCCAUUCCUUCUACCCACCGAUAUCAAAAUCCGUCCCUUACAGAGCACAUUCCGGUUGGGGACAGCCGGACGGACAGGUUGUUGACAUUUUUUUUUUCUUCUGUUCUUCUGUUUAGUAUGAUUGUUUUGGACAUCGUUUCCAGCGCUUCGCAUUACACCAAUCGUUACCAGUAAAAUGCGCUUUAUUAGAGUAAUCAUUUUGAAGGUGCGCUGUCAUCAGAUACAGCCACCGGGGCAUACGGUAUUUAGACGGUUAGAGACACGGACAGAACAUGCGGAAGUACACUUACACAACAACUUUUAAUACUACCCCAUAUAAUGCACCGUUCGGCAAUAUGGUUGCGUACCCAUCCGAUCAGACAGGUUGAAUAGGAAUUCCAGUGUAAGACAGCUGAGAGGCAUUAUCACAAUUAAACAAUAAUUGCUCUAGGAAGGUUGGGAAGAAUCUCAUUCUUAAUUUAUACACGAUUUGCUAUGAUAGUUUUAAUCAAGCUCUUUUUUUUAACAUUAUAUGGGUACAACACUAAAAAUAUAAAUAUUAUUGAGGAGUUUAAACAUUCGGCGUGUUAUUCUAUAAAGAACAUCCGA